GUGUUGGACUCCACUACUUCGUACCGGCAAUAGUUUCUGUUUUUCUCCCCUUCAGUUCGUUGCGGUUGCCUCUUCACGAACACAAUUGAAAUAAUUGACACAUUGUAUAUAUCUAUAUACAUAUCCGUAGUGGUGAGGCGACAAGGACGGGAGAAGGGAAUCAGCCAGUUCGCAACGCAAAUAGACUGACCGCCAACGUCCAUUACUGUGCUUACAUCGUUGAUUCACUGAAUUGCCUGUUUUUUUCCCUUCUUCCUUGCUUUCCUCAAAAAAACGUUUUCACUUCUUUUUUUCUUCUCUGCCUUUCAUGCCUUCUCAUCGCUUUUCUCCACCCCAAUUGCGUCAUUGGAACAAACCGACAAAUACAGCGUCUACCCCGUCAAAUCGGUGCUGACUUGCUGCUCGGUACAACGCCAAUAAUAAAAAGAAACAUCAUUUUCGUUGCUGUGCAUAUCUGGCUCCGUCGCCGCAUCUGCAGGACAGAGAUAAGGAAAAACAAGCAUUUCCUGACGUCCUGUGGGCGCACACAACGCUUCUUCUUUUGUUGCUCCCUCAAGCACUGGAAGAACCCACUCUCUCUUUUUUCGUACGAUUUAUUCAGCCUGCAAAAAGCGCAAUGUCCGCCGGUGAUAGACCAGCUGCGGUAGCCAACGAGACCGCUUCGCCAAGACUGCGCGGUAGCUCCCACCUUCACGAAAGCCACCACCGCAACGAAGACAGCAACGAGUGGAGGGGAAGAGCAGCGCCGCAGCUGCCGAUGCGUCGCCCGUGCCCCAGUGCGCCACAACACCGGCACUGGAAUCAAACGCCACCAGCAAAAAGAGACAGCAGCGGUAGCAGCAGCAGCAGCAGUGCAAGUGUUCCCAGAGCGGCUGCGAUUCCUCUUGUCACUUCUACCAUCGUAUCUGCUGCUCGUGCUGCGGCUGAUAUGACAGCCGAACGCGAACCGUGUCUCAAGAAUUUACUGCCUGUUGCCUCGCCAUGUGCUUUGUUAGCCCGUAGCACCGAUGCGGCCGGCCGCACGCACAUCGUGACCCAUGCAACGACUGUUUGUAACGGCAACAAUGACAGGGAGAGGGAGGCAGAAAUCGAGGACACGGUUCCUUCACUUUCCGUUGUAGGGGUAGCCGACACGAAGCCCGCACCGGGCUCGUCGCUCACGCAUUCUCCUCCCCUCGGAGCCGAUAAAGAGGCUGAGAAUGCCGAUGCGUCCCCACGAUCAGCGGAUGCUACAACAGAUGGGAGACCCGAGAAGUUGGUGCAACGGAAUUUGGAUCACGCGGGCCACUCAGGACUGCAUUAUUCCUUCACUACCGGACAAGAGGAAGCAACUAAUAAAGCGGCAGCAACUUGUGCGAAGUCAUCGACGGAUGUUGUGGCUCCCUCGCACGUGCAUUCCCCCUCUGCCCCUCCAGUACCGCUUUCACUCACGAACACGCCCGUGGUUCUACGUAUGCAGGCUCCACAGCAGCUUGUCAAACCAUUUAGAGAAGCAAACGCGCCUGACAAAGCGGAACUGUCCCCGCCACCUAUUGUAUCGCGUAACGCAGCAGACGGAGGGGCCAACGGUGCUGAGGCAAGACCGCGUUGGCCACCAAACGUACCAAAUACCAAAAAACCUAUGCCUAAUGCCGUGAAGAGCGGACCACGAGCUGUGCAGCGCGCCAGCGUACAUAUGCCUGCACCUUCGCAGGCCAAGGAGAGCCUGCCAGCGACACCGGGGUCGGCUCAAUCGGCGCUGUCGCCAAACGACCCAUUCGUGGAUUGGAAGCACUCCGUUGUCAGUCACUCUUGCAGUCUCACUCGACUCAUGCAACGUCAUCAACAGGAAGGCUGGAAGGACGAACUGCGAAAUGUGCUCCAGCAAGAUGCAGAUGCGUGGGUGCAGCAGGUGUACGAGGAGCAGUGCCUGCUUCAAGCCCAUCUGACCUUCACACAGGCGAAGGUGGCGGAGCUGACGCGGGAGGUGCAGCUGCUACGCGGUGAAGAACUCGAAGACCACACCAUCUCCUCUCAACUGCCGGACGGCAAGGCUCCGCCACGUGAUUUGGAAACAGAAGCACUAGCUCCAGAUGGCAGCGCUGACGCAGACCUGGCCGUUACUCCUGAUGGCGUGGCGGACCAGCAGCACGGGUGUGACAAGAAGUUGGACGAUCAUCCGACAGGGCUCACCUGCCCUCCGGCCUACAAGCUGGAAAUGGAGACCUAUAUUCAUUCUUUGGAGGCACACACUCGCGCUCUUCAUGACGAAAAUCAGCAACUGCAGCUUCGCUUAGACCGCCGCACUGCCCAGCUCGCCUCAGCCCAGCAACGCUACGAGCAGAACUACUCGCUGCUGCUGCACGAGCAGUCCGUCCUCGAGGCAGAUUAUCAAAAAGUGGCAGAGGACGUGGAGGAGGUGGUGGGCAUGCUGGUGGCAGCCCGUGCGGCGGAGCAGGCGGCCUUGCGGCGACUGAGCGAGUACGAGGUCGCCCUGGACGAAGCGGAGAUGCGGGUAAAGAAGAUGGAGGCACAGCAGCUGCAGCAGCAAUUGCACCUGCAACUGGGGGACAACGAGGAAAGGGCCGGAAAGGCCCCAGUUGCACGGUCUUCUUCGCAGGCUCAGUGGCCGUGUAGCCGUCUGUGCCUCGCACAGCAGCCGUCUACCUCUGAUAGCGCCUUUUACAGUGUCGUUGAGGUGAACGAUCCCGACGGCGCCGCGACGUCCACCGCAACUUCCACGCCGCCGCUGGUGUCUGCAGUAGACGGCGGUCCGUUGACGCUACCGCUGCGUAGCGUGUCGGAAGAAAGGGAGGAGGGGACGAUACUGUUGUCUCAUUCCUCCACGCCCAUGCGUCACACGCCGUCGCUGCCGGUGCCGCUGCCCUCUCCUGCACGUCCGUCCUCCGAGACACCGCAACGGGCGCGCAGCGUCAACUUUGCGGUGUGCGGUGGAGCCGCCCCCUCGCCCUCUUCUACGUCCAUUUCUUUUUCCGACGGAUCGUUUCCUGCUGCUGCGUCGUCUUCCCACACCGCGCGGACGCCCUCUGUGCUCACCGCCGCUAGCCCCGAUGUGGCAGGGUCAAAAGGCGAGGACGCGUCCGCUUCGGUGCCGCACAUCCAGGCAAAGAGUAAAAGUCGUCUGCUCACCCCCCUCGCGUCGUCCUUAGCGGCGCUGCUGACGCCCGGCAGCGUGGCGGCGCGACGACGCAGCAGCAGCAACGGCAGCACCACCCCGGCGCUGCUGCGCGACGGCUGUGUGAACUUCGCAAAGGAUAUACACGGCUCACCGAGUGAGCAGGAGCUGCUGCGCUUCAAGUGCACUUUACUCGAGUUCGAGCUUCAGUCAAAGGAGAAGAUGCAUCAGGAGGAGAAGAAGAAGUGGGAGAGCGCUGUGCACAACGCGGAGGCUGUGAACACUGCCAUGGGCGAGGUGGAGGCGCGGGUGCGUCAGGCCACCGCGUCGUCGAACCGGGUGGAGGGGUUACUGCACGAGAUGAAUCGCGUGUGGUGUACCUCGUUUGCGCUGGAAGAUGAAGGUGACAGCGAGGAUGAGGACCUACAGGAAAAGGUGCGAGAGUACUCGCCGCUUGCUGUAAUGGAUGAGGAGUGGCAGUUACGUCGGCGGUCGUCGCGAAUAUCUGUGGCGUCCGUGUAUAAUCUGCCUCGCCAAAGCUCCUUGGAGGGCGCCGCCGACCGGGGAAGCAGGCGGUUGCCCGAGUUCGCGGGAAGUGGGCGGGAGUUUUUUGGUACUGAGAAACGUGCUGCUUUUUGA